AAAUGGUCUAUUGCCCGCCCCCACGGCGCCGUCUCCUCCUUCAUCUACUGCUACCGCGGCUACGCCCGUCUAGGGUUCGCACCCUCCGCCCGAAACCCUAACGUCCGGAUCCCUUCCCCCUCUACCUCGUCUUCUUACCUGCACUCCGCUUUCGUCCUCGACUUCGAUCUCACAGGGGCGGCGACUGCGUCCAGAUCCGGCCAAAGGAGGACUCUCACGAGGGUUUCCAAUUGGAAUUCGGAGAAAUCUCCCUACGAUACCCUCGAGCUGGAAAGAGAUGCUGAUGAAGAGAAGAUAAAAUCUGCGUACAGGAGAUUGGCCAAGUUUUAUCACCCUGAUGUGUAUAACGGUAGGGGAUCUCUAGAGGAAGGUGAAACCGCUGAAGCUCGCUUUAUCAAAAUUCAAGCAGCUUAUGAGCUUUUGAUAGAUGUGGAAAAGCGAAGGCAAUAUGACAGAGAUCACCGAGUCAAUCCACUGAAGGCUUCUCAGGCAUGGAUGGAAUGGCUAAUGAAAAAGCGAAAAGCUUUUGAUCAACGGGGAGAUAUGGCCGUUGCAGCCUGGGCUGAGCAACAGCAGCGUGAGAUGAAUCUCCGUGCUCGCCGCCUCUCUCGUUCAAAGAUCGAUCCCGAGGAAGAGAAGAGGAUAUUGGCUAAGGAGAAGAAGGCGUCGAUGGAGUACUUCUCCAGUACAUUGAGGAGGCAUACUCUUGUUCUGAAAAAGAGAGAUUUAAUGCGGAAAAAGGCGGAGGAGGACAAGAAAAAGGUCAUUACUCAACUUCUAGCCGCGGAAGGACUUGAGCUCGACACCGACGACGACGAAGCUGCCUGA